GCGGGACGCCCCCCGAUCGCUCCCAUGUGUCUGUCUAUGGGUCCGCCCUCCCCAGCUUGCGUGAUGCAGAAGCGAGGAGUAGCACAACGCUGGCGACCUGCCUGGGUGGUUCUAACUGUUCCUGUGCUUCUGUUGCGAUGCGAACCGCCCGGCACGUUAAAAUCAACUGGAGCCCCGAUUUUCCCUUUUCCUCCAGUCCGCUGCCUGUCUGUCACGUCCCUCUCUAGCCGCUCUUCAGUUUGUUUCUAGAAAGCCGCCCUUUUGUCGGUGGUGUCACGACCCUUCCUUUUCUCACAAGUCCACUGUAUGCACACACGUCUCUCUAGUGUGUACAAACAAGUUGACGUUGGCCGAAUAAAGUACCGCGCCGCCGCAUCUUGACCUCAGACACUUGGCCAAUCAUCCAGUCCUUGCGCGCGCGCGCCAUACUGCUGCAUUGAGCAGUCACCUGCAGAACCGCAGAAGUCGAACCGACCCGUACCGGAGUGUGGAACGAGGGAAAGGAAAGCAGGAAACAACCAAGCCGGUGCCGAGCAACCAAAGCAGUCGACGACUUCAACGAUAUUCUCGAUUCCCUGUCACCUACGUAGCUGCUCAACGAAAGGCCCCAUCGAUCUCACACUCAGCCCUUUCUACUCGCCAAAUCCGCCGAUCGUACUCUUCUACGGACGACCGAUUUUUGCGCAGCCAAUCAACAAAACAAGAUAUCUUGAACGAUUGCAUUGACUAGCCUUCGCUGGCUUGUCUUCUUGCGGUUCUACGGGUUGGGCGGCUCUGAUACUAUAUUAAGCUUCAAGUCUUAUUCUUAGAGUCUUUGGAAGAGUCUUGGACCAAUCGGCAUUGGUGUUGGACAGACUUUGCGGCUUUCUCACUGUAUCUCGUGUAGGUGCUCUGCGAGGCUAGCAGCCACGGGCUCACGUGGUGAGGAAUUGGACCGUUGAGGACAGCAAACACGAGUGGGAAACACACCAACCAAGGUUUCGCAUCGACAACUACUGGACAGCAGGGAUUGAUUAAUACCGGCCCCCAUAUCGGUGGUCUUCUACUUCGAAAGAGAGAACACAAAGGACAGAGUAUAGGACGGUAUUUCAGUCAGCUUUGUUCCAAACAGCCAUGCGCUGGCCGCCAUCCCUGGGACUGUUUCCGCAUUGUUGAUACGGCCCCUGAAACGUACUCCAAAGGCUUGACCCAAGCGUUUUGUGACUUCGUACAGCCUUUCCAAGGGCGACAAGCAGCAAAAGGGGAAGGAGAACUCUGGGAGUAUUGCGACAGACUUCCGAUCGUCAGUCUUCUGAGGGAGAUUCCGCAGAAAAGGCAACACACUCUAGAACUGCUCGGCUGCAGGUCAAACUUGCAUCCCCAGCUCAAACACCCCGCCGCGGCCUUAUAUUAGCUCAGCCAACAUUCGACGUCACUUCGGUCGUCGCAAACCAUCUUCCACAUGUUCAGCAGGUUGCACAGCAAGCAUAAGGGCCACUCCAAGGAGCAGCAAAACAGGCGGCCACCCGACCAUCAGGCGUCGACGUUGCAUGACCUUGGCAUGCUUGGGCCCUCUUCAACAUCCAUUCUCUCUGCAAGCGGCGGCUCGCGGAGACCAGACUUUGACCGGUCCAACCAUUCUUACCACAACCACUCUGGCGUGCCUGCAAGACAGUAUCCCGCGACGUCAUAUUCCGAGAGAGAUAGCCCAAUCCCUAACGGACACCUGGGCGCGCAAUCACACUACUCACUAGUUACGCCUAGUUCACCUUCUCAGUCACGAGAGAGCACCAUGAUGAACAGUAACGCGAGCCGGGGACGCCGGGAGCGCACGUUUGUUGGAAGCGAGUGUGCAGUUUGUGAGGAGCCGCUGGAGCAUACCCUGCAGGGCGAGAGGAUAUUACAAUUCUCGUGUACCCAUGUGUCACACGAGGCUUGCUUUUACGAAUUCAUCCGCGAGUUUGAGUCUCAGUUUUGCCCAACAUGCAACGCGCCAUUGCAUUUGGAUACCAGCCGUGGAGGAAACGUGCUGGAUAUCGAAAAAAUUAGCAGCAUGGUACGCUCAGUUUCCGUAAACGACACUCGGUCGCCACCGGCCCCAACUCCAGCUCCAGCUCCAGCUCCAGCUCCAUCGCAGCAGCCAUGGGAUGAUCAGCUAGCGCGAGCACCAAGUCGAGCAUCAAGUGCUCGGCAGGACGGAGGUUUGGCACCUCACACCAUGGCAAGGGUCAGCCAACGCGACAGUCGCGACGCCCCUUCGUCGUCCGAUCAUCGUUACACGCCAAAUUCGAGACACGCGCGUAGCGAUAGUGAGACUACAGGCGCUACCGGAGGAAUGGCCUCAUCGGGAGGAUAUCCGGAAACGAUGCAGAGUGGUCCACCGCGAAGACACGACUACGAUGUUCAGGCUAUGGAAACGUCGAUAUCAAGUCCCCCCCGUGCGAUAACCCGGAACCCAAUUCCAGCACCGACCGUCACCAUCCGGUCGGAGUUCCCUACAAUCAGCAAGUCGCGGCAACAGCAGACGCUUACUUGUCUGGUUACGGUUGAGGUACCCGAUAACAAGUGGAGACCGGAUCCCGAGGACCUACAGAAUGGACAGCCCAUGCUACCGUCAUCCAGAGCUGAAGAGCCAUAUCCGCGCGCACCGUCGCCUGCGAGGAGCGUGCCUCGCUUCUACCCCUAUGAAUCACCAGAAGUGUUGGCCGAGAUGACUGAGAAUCUACGCAGCCGAGUCGACAACUGGCAUGGCCUCGACUUCAGCCGCUUUGGGAAGCUCCGACUUUACGGCACACUCCGUGUAGGCAAGGAUAAGGUGUCAUGGCAGGAGCUGGAAUGCUUUCUCUUCGCCGAGAUGCUCAUCUGCGUAAAGGAGAAGAAGAAUGUGCCCUCAGCACCAGGACAGUGGGAGGAUGAAGCGGCGCGCAAAACGGGUCGAUGCACGCUGAAGGGAUCGAUCUUGAUCAAAAAGCACCUGAACGGGGUGUCGGAGACCGGAUCUGUCGACGAGAACAUCCUGACGCUGAGCUUGUCAGUGAACGAGCUACCGCAGUUCCACCUUCGGUUCGAGAAUCGCAACCAGCUCAAGCUGUGGCAACAGGCACUGUUGGAUCUGAAUGCUGUGGAGACUUCACCAAUGCGCAGUCCCGAAUACGACCGCGAAUUUUCCGAGGCAGACGAAGACGAGUGGAACAGGAGCGCUGGCUCGAAGCAGCGGGUAUCAUCCCAGGCGUCAUCCUGGGGCGGGGCCAGGUCCGCCACCACGGCCCCGACUGAAUAUACUAAUGUGCGAAGCCCAGGGCUGCUCCCAUCAAUCCACGUCCCGGUUGACGUCGUCGUUGUUGUUCCGAUUUCGGCCUCCAUGCAAGGUGUGAAAAUCAACCUUGUCCGCGACGCCCUUCGUUUUAUGGUCAGCUCCUUAGGCGAUCGUGACCGUAUGGGUCUCGUGACGUUUGGAUCCUCGGGCGGUGGUGUCCCCGUCGUGGGCAUGACUACCAAGGCGUGGCCUGGCUGGAGCAACGUUUUGGCAUCGGUCAAGCCCGUGGGGCAGAAGAGCCAUCGUGCGGAUGUGGUUGAGGGUGCGAACGUGGCCAUGGAUCUGCUCAUGGGGCGCAAGUACAACAACCCCAUUGCCACUAUCAUGCUGAUUAGCGAUGCCUCGACUUCUGAUGCGGACAGUGUCGACUUUGUGGUGUCGCGUGCGGAAGCUGCCAAGAUCACAAUUCACUCCUUCGGUCUGGGAACGACGCACAAGCCCGACACAAUGAUUGAGCUCUCGACGAGGACCAAGGCAUCAUAUACUUAUGUUAAGGAUUGGAUGAUGCUCCGAGAGUGUCUGGCAGGCUGCCUCGGUGCCAUGCAGAGCUUAUCCCACCAAAAUGUUAAGCUCAAGCUCAAACUCCCAGAGGGGUCGCCAGCCAAGCUGGGCAAGAUCAGUGGCGCGCUCCAAAUCACGAAGCGGGCAACUGGGCGCGAUGCGGAAGCCAACUUGGGCGAUCUUCGCUUCGGCGACAAGCGCGACGUGCUUGUACAGCUGACGAUUAUGCCAGAUACGUCGUCCGAGGAACCACAGUCACACGCUUACUGGGACACUGUCGUAUCAGGACUGGAGGCGAUAGGAGGACCCAUGGACGACGAGGACCAAAGGGCGAUGUCGGUGGAGGAGGUUCCUUUGAUACAGGCCGACCUUUCCUGGGGGGAUAUUCUACGCGAAGGCGCCACGCAGCACACGAGACCAUCGCUUUUGGCCAUCACAAUGCUGCCGGCAACACCAGGGUCGAAGAAGCACUGGACUGCUUCGCCAGCGAUACCGCCCCACCCGUACAUUGUACAGCGGCGGAUGGAAAUUCUCACGUCGGACAUGUUGACCCGGGCAUUGACCUUGGUCAGCAGGGGCCAGCAUGAUCGUGCCCAUACGCUGUUGAGCGAGACGCGAUCGAUUCUCAAGGGUCUCGGUAAGGGCGGGUUGCCCCCAGUGCCACCAGCACCGGGAGGACCGCCCACCAAGUCGCUCCCGUCCACGCCUCUUCGCACGCACUCGCCCAUUCCCGCCACUCCGGACCGGAAGAACACGCCGUCGCCUACAAUGGCAAAUCACCCCAUGGGACUCGGAGGCGGCUUCACGAUAUCAAGCCGCCGGUCCAACGAUGCGCUUGGGGCCAUGAACACGGGGGCAUCCGCCAUCGACCCGACUACCGUGUCAGCUCUUGAUGCGGAACUCGAGUCCAGUCUUGAGUGGAUCAACCACCCUGCCAUUUUUGGGCGGGACAGCCGCAAGGCGGUGCUGCAGGCGAUUGGUGUGAUCAGCUCUCAGCGGGCAUUUACCUUCCGCACACCGAUCGAAAGUCUCUGGGCCGGCCGGGUUAGCGGCAUCAAAAAGCUUACGGAGAAGAGCCAGGAGUGGACGGUGGAGGGAGGGGGGGAAGGCGGCAUCAUGGAGGAAGCAUAGCGGUCUGCUUCUGGACUGCUGGCUUUGCUCUUCUUCUCGCUAACAUUGCUGCCCACCGAUAAGCAAUAUUCUGUCGAUGGGUGGCAUUUUCUAUUCUUUUCAAUUUUCCUCUUCUUCUUGUUACAUGGUUGGCUGGUUUGGAUUGCGACCUUGGGCUCGAUGAUACCACUUCUACUUCUUGUGUCGCGCUUUGUUGCACUUGGUCAUCUUUUUGCUUUACUAUAUAACAAUAUCCUGUUUGUUACAUUGGCGGUGGCUACUUUUGCUUUGCGUUUUUGGAUAUCUUGUGGGGAUUUGCUUUAUCGGCAUCUAUGGGCUGGCUGCUGUUGAAUAUGUCGUAGGUAAAUGUGAGAUGGAUCGAGGAUAUGAAGGAUGGCGGACUCGUGGUGGUCUUGUAAAUGAAUGAGAUUUAUGUAUGUUAUAAUUUUGUAUUGGGGGCGGCAUCAUUCAUCAUGCUCUGGUUGGGGAUAUAAUGGGAGGGAGGAAAGGAAAAAGCGGGAGCAGAUGAAGAGCUGAAAGCCCUACUCAAGGUGGAACAAAUCAUCAUCACCAUCAUCGUAAUA